AUGGUGGUGCUUCUCUCUUGGCUGUCCAUUAUUCUGUGGCUAGAAAAUGCUCAAGCUCAACUUGAAGAUGAAGGCAAUUUCUACUCUGAAAAUGUCAGUCGGAUUCUUGACAACUUGCUGGAAGGCUAUGACAAUCGUCUACGACCAGGAUUUGGAGGUGCUGUCACAGAAGUCAAAACAGACAUCUAUGUGACCAGCUUUGGACCUGUGUCAGAUGUGGAGAUGGAGUACACAAUGGAUGUUUUCUUCCGCCAGACUUGGACUGAUGAGAGGCUAAAGUUUAGGGGUCCUGCUGAGAUUUUGAGCUUAAAUAACUUGAUGGUCAGUAAGAUCUGGACCCCUGACACUUUUUUCAGAAAUGGGAAGAAGUCAAUUGCUCACAACAUGACCACCCCUAACAAGCUCUUCCGCUUAAUGCAGAAUGGAACAAUCCUGUACACCAUGAGGCUUACCAUCAAUGCUGAUUGCCCCAUGAGGCUGGUUAACUUCCCCAUGGACGGACAUGCUUGUCCACUCAAGUUUGGGAGCUAUGCUUACCCUAAAAGUGAAAUCAUAUACACAUGGAAAAAAGGACCGCUUUACUCAGUAGAAGUCCCAGAGGAAUCUUCCAGCCUCCUCCAGUAUGAUUUGAUUGGGCAAACAGUCUCUAGUGAGACAAUUAAAUCUAACACAGGUGAAUAUGUAAUAAUGACAGUCUAUUUCCACUUACAAAGGAAGAUGGGCUACUUCAUGAUCCAGAUAUACACUCCAUGCAUCAUGACAGUCAUUCUUUCUCAGGUGUCUUUCUGGAUUAAUAAGGAGUCAGUCCCAGCAAGAACUGUCUUUGGAAUCACAACUGUUUUAACUAUGACCACCUUAAGCAUUAGUGCCCGGCACUCCCUGCCCAAAGUGUCCUAUGCAACCGCCAUGGAUUGGUUCAUAGCUGUGUGCUUUGCUUUUGUCUUUUCUGCUCUCAUUGAGUUCGCAGCUGUCAACUACUUCACCAAUCUCCAGUCACAGAGGGCUGAAAGGAAGGCACAGACUACAGCCCCUCCUCCUGUGGCAAUAUCAAAAGCCACUGAACCACGGGAAGCUGAGAUUAUUGUGCAUUCUGAAUCCAAAUACCACCUGAAGAAGAGGAUCAGCUCCCUGACUUUGCCGAUAGUUCCAUCUUCUGAGGCCAGCAAAGUUCUCAGUAGAAUGCCCAUCUUACAUACAACGCCUGUCACUCCCCCACCACUCUUACCAGCUGUUGGCGGCACCAGUAAAAUAGAUCAGUAUUCUCGAAUUCUCUUCCCAGUAGCAUUUGCAGGGUUCAACCUUGUGUACUGGAUAGUUUACCUUUCCAAAGACACAAUGGAAGUGAGCAGUACUGUUGAAUAG